AUGAAUUAUGAUAGGCCGCUAGCAAAUAUGUGUUCACUCUUCAAUCCGGUUCGGAAGUUGAUACUUCAGGAAGGAGAAAAGAUGGUCGAUGUUUCAGGAAGCUUAGUGGUUACUCUGGUGUUACUUCCCUUUGAGGAGAGUUCAUAUGCCACAUUUGAAAGGUCUCUGGAUAGGCCUUGCAAUGAACCAAAUGGAGUGGUGAAAGCGAUUCAUGUUUCUUCAUUUAAAAAUAAUCAUGAUCCGUCUCAAUCUGAGAUCAACUCAGCUAGCAUGAAGAGUAAGGAACAUGAUUCACAAAUUAUUAGCAUUGUCAAGGUGCAGAAGGGGCUUCGGCAUAGAAUUAGCGAGAAAAACCUUGAGAGGAAGAGAUUGGAGAAAGAGAAGCAUCCUUGGUUUGCAACUGAAAAACAACUUUUUGGGAGAAAAGGAUCAGAUUACGACUUUGCUUCCCGUGAUCCUAGUAAGGCUCAGGAAGAAUUCGAAAAAUUGGAAGCUGAACAAUCUGACCUUGAGAAAAGGGUAAAUAAGAAAGUCAUGGCCAUGUUUGAGAAAGCUAAAGAUGAGUACAAUGAUUUGAUAUCCAAAAAGAACAAUAUUGAGAAUGACAAGUCAAAAAUCAAGUUGGUGAUUGAAGAGCUUGACGAGAAGAAGGAAGCCCUUAAAGUUACCUGGGUGAAAGUAAACAAGCGAGUGCUAUGUUUGCUUGUCUGUUCGUCAUUUGACUCAAGGUAA